AUGCUUUCAUCGCUCGUAUAUUUCACUCGUGUAGUGUUUGUGGCAACUUUCGGCUUUCUAUUCUUUCUGGCAAGUACGAUUAUUGUGGUUUUUCUCGCGGCAAGAUGGUGGAUCAACAAGAGAGGGAAAUCAAAAUAUGAAGCUUCAGCAUCGUAUAUUUCGGACAGUAAACCUAGUACUGUAGCAUUUUUUCACCCGUACUGUAAUGCUGGUGGCGGGGGCGAGAGAGUUUUGUGGACUGCUAUACGUUCUCUACAGAAUGAACAUUCCCAUCUGAAGUUUGUUGUUUACACUGGAGAUCAGGAUGUGACUGGAGAUGAUAUCUUAAGACGAGCAAAAGAGAGAUUUAAUAUCACAUUACUAAGACCUGUCAAGUUUGUGUUCUUAAAAAACCGUCAGUGGGUAGAAGCCAGUCCUUACCCUUUCUUUACAUUGUUGGGUCAAAGCAUUGGUUCAAUAUUUCUUGGUUGGGAAGCUCUGGUGAAAUUUAAUCCUGAUAUCUAUAUAGAUACCAUGGGUUAUGCCUUUACAUUACCAUUAUUCAAAUAUGUUGGUAAAUGCGAUGUAGGUUGUUAUGUCCAUUACCCAACCAUCAGCACUGACAUGUUAUCAAAAGUUAGUGACCGGCGAGCAACAUAUAACAACGCAUCAUUCAUAACAAGAAGCCGUAUUUUAAGUGGAGUGAAAUUGACUUAUUACAAGCUGUUUGCAUAUAUCUAUGGUUUGGCAGGAUCCUGUGCUAAUGUUGUCAUGGUUAACUCAUCCUGGACAUUUGGUCAUAUUAAAGCACUUUGGAAGAAGGAUAGUAUUGUUAUUGUGUACCCACCAUGUGACACAAAAGCAUUCCUAAAUAUCCCGAGAAAAGAUGCCAGUGGGAUAAAGAGUGUUGUUUCUAUUGGACAGUUUAGACCCGAGAAAGAUCAUGCAUUACAAAUCAGAUCAUUUGCUCAGUUUCUACAUGAAAUACCUAGUAGGGACCAAAAGCAUUAUAAACUUAUUCUUGUUGGUAGUUGUCGAAAUCAGGAUGAUGCUGAUCGUGUUGAUAGCCUUCGAGAACUUGCCGGUCAGUUGAACGUCAAGCAACAUGUUGAGUUUGCUCUUAAUGUUUCAUUUGAUGAGUUAAAGAAUCACCUUGCAGAAGCAACCAUAGGUUUACAUACCAUGUGGAAUGAACAUUUUGGUAUAGGAGUGGUUGAAUGCAUGGCAGCUGGGGUGGUUGCACUCGCUCACAAUUCUGGAGGACCUAGAAUGGAUAUUGUCACAGAAUGGAAUGGUACCCAAACUGGUUUCUUAGCUGAUACUGAGGAAACGUAUGCCCAAGCAAUAAAUAAAAUAUUCUCAUUGCAUCCAGAUGAAAUUGAUAUGAUAAAAAAGAAUGCUAGGGAAUCUGUACAAGAACGUUUCUCAGAAACUGCAUUUGAAACUGGAUUUCUAGAAUGUAUUAAGCCAAUUAUAUAA